AUGACUGGAACGGUGUUAGAAAAUCUCAGUGGACGUAAACUCGCGAUACUUAUUUCAUUUCUACUAGCAUGUCUCAUGAUGUGUUUCUUGAUUGGCGGCUUGGUCGCACCCAUGCCCGCAAAUUCGCAAACUAUUCUAGGAACUGUAUGCAGAGAUAGAUCUAAAGUGAAAAAUGAUAUGACAAAAUGGUUCUACAAUCGUGGCAAUGGUAAAUGCAAGUCUGUUGACCUUACAGAAGCACAACUGAGUCACGAUUUGUCUGAGACCGACAUUGUUUUUGCGUUUCAAUUGCCAUUGCCGGGCGAGGGCAUGAAUAUCGACUAUUCUAGGUGGCAGCAAAACUUGAUUGGGGUGCUUCAAAUGGAUGUAAGGUAUCAUUCAUCAAUGGAGGUAACUCGACAAAGUACUAUAACUAUUGACGCUCGUCUAGCGUAUAAAAACAAAGGAGACCCCGACGACGCCUGGAAGCUAUACACGCUUUCAAGGGAAAAACGGCACUUGGACUGUGACAUAAAUGUCAAAACUGAAGGAUAUUUGUAUAAUUGCUCUGCCAUGCCUUUAUUUGAGCUUGGUUCCUUGUACCAUGACUAUUAUUUACUUAACAUUCGCCUGCCAGUUGAAACAAAAGAUAUGAAUGCCCAUAUUGGUCACAUACAGGACAUGUGGGUCACUGUUAUAAAUCAAAAUGGAGGUUUUACUAAAGUAUGGCUGUCCUUGAAAACUGUUUUCUUUCCAUGUAUUUUUGGAAUAUUGGUGUGGUUCUGGCGCAGAAUACAUUUAUUGCAAAGAAAACCUGUUCUCUUGGAGGAGAUGUUACAUGCAUUGGGCAUAGCUCUUUGUGUUCUAGACAUGCCUAUUGAAUUUAUAACACUGGUUUUUGACUUGCCUUUUAUGUUAUUAUUAAAUGACCUUCGUCAAGGACUUUUUUAUACAAGUCUAUUUUCAUUUUGGCUUGUAUUUGCUGGAGAACACAUGUUGAUACAAGAGUCAAAAGAUAAAAACAGUGUAAGGAAAUAUUGGUGGCACUUCAAUGCUGUACUUUUGGGUUUUGUCUCACUUUUUGUCUUUGACCUGUGUGAGCGUAGGAUGCAACUGAGAAACCCGUUUUAUUCCAUCUGGGUAUCAGAAUUGGGAACUAACUUGGCUCCGACUUUUAUAAUACUGGCAUGUAUCUCGACUGGAAUGUACUUCCUAUUUUUAACCUACAUGGUGUGGAAAGUGUUUAUGAAUAUAUCACAGAAGCGUCAAUCAUUACCAGCUAUGUGCUCAGUGCGCCGAUUGCACUAUGAAGGAAUUAUAUACCGUUUCAAGUUUUUAAUGCUAGCUACUCUGAUUUGUGCGGCCAUGACAGUAAUUGGAUUUAUACUAGGACAAGUGGCUGAGGGCCAAUGGAAGUGGGAUGCCAACAUUAAACUGCAAUAUACCUCAGCAUUUUUCACCGGCGUUUAUGGAAUGUGGAAUAUCUAUACUUUUGCUUUAUUGGUAUUGUAUGCGCCGAGUCACAAAAAAUGGCCUGUCAAUGAAAAUACAUCUGACACACAGAAUCUGAGUGAGGAAAUUGAAUUUAAGCAUAUGCCAGAAAAGAGUGAAAUAUCUUCCUUUACAUCCUUCAUAACAAAAUCGGCUAUUGAUUAA